AUGGCGAUUCAGUCGGAGACGAUACGCAAGAAGCUGGAAAAGGAGGCGGCCAAGAAGAAAGAGGAGGAGGAGGAGGAGACGAAGGAGGAGACGACGGUGGGAACGAAGGAGGAGCGCCCAAUCGUCGAGGCUAUCGCGAAGGAGGAGGCGCCCGACCUCGGAAUGGAAGAGGCGAGACGGAUCAACGCGGAACUCCUCGAGGCUUCCAAGGCUGCGGCCGCGAGGCUCGCCGCGCUGCGAGGAACCCUCAAAGAAACCGAGGAGGAGCUCAAGAGAUCCGAGGAGACGCAGGCGAGAAAGGCGGAGCGACGCGCCGCAAAGGCUGAGAAGGCGCGGAUCCUACGGGAGGAGGAGGAGAAAAAAUCAGAGGAAGAAAAAUCGGGGGAGCCGUCGCUCGCCGACGUCGCCGCCGCCGCCGAAGCCUCCGCGAACCUGAGCGGCUGGGACGACGACGACGCCGCGGCGGACUCCUGGGAGAUCGCCGCGGAGAGCGAGCAGGCUGCCGCGGUCGCCGCCGCCGCCUCCGAGGCGGCGAGGCGAGCGGAGGCGGCGGUGGUGGAGCUCGAGGCGGCGGCGGAAAACGACCGACGCGUCGUCGAGCCCGAGGUGGCCACCGCGGAGGAUGCUGGAAGGUCGGACGCUUCGGCGUCCUCGUCCAGGUCCUCGUCCUCCAGGUCCUCGUCCUCCAGGUCCUCGUCGUCCUCGUCGUCGUCGUCGUCCGCGGCUUCCGCUUGGGGUUCGAUCGGUUCCUUCUUCAGCGCCGCGCUCAAGACUGUGACGUCGCUCACCUCCCCCGAGGCGAGGGCGAAGCAGGCUGAGGCGGAGCGAGCCGCCGGUAAGGCGCAGCUCCUCGCCGCGGUGGUCUCCACGAACAUCGGCCGCGACUGCGACCUGGACCAGCUCCGCGCGGUGGAGACGGCGGUGCUCCAGCUGGAGUCGCUCAACCCGACAAAAGCGCCGAUGAAAUCGUCGCUGACCAAGGGGCGAUGGUCCGCCGUGUUCACGUCGUCGCGGCAGUUGCUGGGUCUGGACAAGAAGCUAUCGCUGACGAGGCAGUCGGGGCCCAUCUACUGGGCGUUCGACGCCGAGGAGAAACGAGCGGAGGUUUCGUACACGUGGCCAGUCAAGGUGGAGCGCGCUUCGAUGGAAGUUACAUCGGAGGGGUACAAGGCGGAGUUGGAGUUUGAACAGACGAAGGUGUUUGGCCUGUUUUCCAUUGGCGGCGGCAAGCAGAGGGAGUACGCCGAGCUGGAAGUUACCUACCUGGACCUGGACCUGAUGGUGGCGAGGGGCGGGGGUAACACGCUGUACGUGCUGGUUCAGACCAACAGCAACUACAGGAUCGGGGACACCACCUCCAACAACGUCAACAAGCAGCUGAGGUGACGACCCGGCUCGCGUCCUUCAAUCGUACGAAGGUGGCUGUUUUUUGCCUCGUCUCUUUCAUCAUCUUUGAACCCCUAGCUCUUACCUUCGUACUAAGAUUAGCCUCGUGUU